AUGAUUGAAGCAGGAGACCUCAGAAAUAAGACAUUGCUCCACGGCGCAGCACGAGCCGGCGAUCUGGAAACAUUAAACUUACUUCUGGAACGCAAUACCUACGAAGAUGCGAGGGAUUCGAAUAGAAGAACUCCGUUGCACUACGCCGUUGCUCACCCUGCGCUUGUCAGAAGGCUUCUUGAUGGAGGGGCCACUGUUGGACCGAAAAACAAACUAAACCAAACUCCGCUAUAUGCCGCAGCCUCCAUAGGAAAUGCAGAGUCAGUUCGGACCUUACUUGAGAGAGGGGCUAGUCCGCGUGUGAGGGAUUCAAGCGGAAAGACCGCAUCUGAUAUUGCAUUGGAGAACGGACACAACAAUAUUGUUGAAAUGCUUUCACAAAAUGUUUAG